AUGGCCGAACCCAAGGCCUCAGAUCCUAUCACACCGGUUGAUGGCCUGCCCGAAUAUGGUUACUCUUCGACCGCAGGGCCCGCCUCGGACUCGUCCAUGACCAAAGUCAUUCAAAAUGCAAAGGCAGCCACUGAGAAGGAGCAGUCCAUGACACUGAUGCAGGGAAUCCGGCUGUAUCCUAAGGCCGUGCUUUGGAGCGUGCUCAUCUCUACUUGCAUUGCCAUGGAGGGUUACGACAUUAGUUUGGUCAACAACUUCUAUGCCUUCCCGCAAUUCAAGCGCAAGUAUGGCGAGCGACUAGCCAAUGGCACAUACGAAGUAUCCGCAGCGUGGCAAGCAGGUCUGAGCAACGGUGCUUACUGCGGCGAAAUCAUCGGUUUAUUCAUCAACGGUUGGGCUUCGGAACGCUUCGGUUACCGGUACACGAUUAUGGCUUGCCUCAUACUUGUUAGUGCGUGGACGUCAAUCUUCUUCACAGCCCAGAAUGUGCACGCCCUGCUUGCAGCGGAGAUUCUAUGCGGCGUUCCCUGGGGUGUCUUCCAGACUUUGACGAUUACCUACGCCUCGGAGGUGUGUCCCGUGGCGCUGCGAGGGUAUCUGACCACCUAUGUCAAUUUCUGCUGGGGUCUUGGCCAGCUGAUUGGCAUCGGUGUGAUUAAGGGCAUGUUGAGCCGGACCGACGAAUGGGCAUACCGGAUUCCAUACGGUCUGCAAUGGAUGUGGCCCCUGCCGCUCUUUAUUGGUAUUUGGCUUGCGCCCGAAUCACCGUGGUGGUUGGUUCGGAAAGGACGCACUGAAGAUGCGAAACGGGCCCUGGUGCGGUUGACCAGCAAAAGUCAGGGAGACUUUGAUCCGGAAGAGACGGUCUCUAUGAUGGUUCACACUACUGCUCUGGAGGAAAAAAUUACCAAAGGUGCUAGCUACCUAGAUUGCUUCCGGGGUACCGAUCUCCGCCGCACAGAGAUCGUCUGUAUGGUCUGGGCCAUUCAAAAUCUUAGUGGAAACUCCUUUUCCAACUAUUCGACCUACUUUUUGGAACAGGCUGGGUUAAGCUCCUCCAACUCAUACUCCUUCGCCAUGGGUCAAUACGGAAUCAACAUGGUUGGCGUGUUUGGAUCAUGGUUCCUCAUGACACUCGGAAUCGGCCGGCGCACGUUGUAUCUGUACGGUCUCUGUGGUCUAUGCACUAUGCUAUUAGUCAUGGGUUUCCUUGGUCUAGUUCCUAAAGAGCACAAAAACCAAGGCUCCCUGGCCACGGGCGCCAUGAUGUUGAUCUGGGCCCUAUUCUACCAGCUGACCGUCGGCACGGUCUGCUUCUCCCUUGUGGCCGAGCUCUCCACCCGCAGACUGCAAAUCAAGACAGUCGUGCUUGGCCGCAACCUGUACAACAUCGUGGCCAUUGUCUGCGGCGUUCUGACCCCUUAUAUGCUGAACCCCGGUGCUUGGAACUGGGGCAACUACGCAGGUUUCUUUUGGGGUGGCAUCUGCUUCUUGUGCAUCAUUUACACAUACUUCCGCGUCCCCGAGCCUCGUGGCCGCUCGUUCGCCGAGCUUGAUCUGCUCUUUGAGCGCGGUGUCAGCGCUCGCAAGUUUGCGACGACCCAGGUGGACGUGUUCGAUGAGACCGUUGAGGGCCGUGUUAUUGAUGAUUACCGGGCAGAAAAGAACACUCGAAUUGAUGAGAGCCAAUUGGAGAAAAAUCCCAGUUCGAUAUGA